CUAAUUCACAUGAUGUUCAUCAACCUCCAUCAUCCAAUUUAAUCCGAGAACCGAUAUCAAUUGCACAACAACCACCACCUCCAUUACUCUCUUCUUCACAAACAUCUGUACCACCACUAAAUAAUAAUGAACCUGAACCAUUACGACAUGAAGCUCCUUCAUCUAAUCAGGGUCCAUCAUCACCCAUGGAAAGUCGUUUCCCUGCCGCUCUUUCGGAUUUAGUUGCUUCCUUCGAAGCAGCUAAAGAAAAAUCUUUAAAUAAAGACGACGGUUUCCAUGUUCAACAAAUGCUCGAUGCCAGCUUAGAAUUUGUACCUGAAAGUUUGGAUUCUGAAAGACCUAAAUACUAUGCACCACGCAAUCCAUACCCGACUCCACAAUACUAUCCACAAGCACCGUUAACAAUAUUUGAUAAUCCAGCUCUGUUCGAGAAAUUUGAUCUUGACACUCUAUUUUUCAUAUUCUACUAUCAACAAGGAACUUAUCAACAAUAUCUUGCCGCGCGUGAGCUAAAAAAACAGUCAUGGCGAUUCCACAAAAAAUACCUGACAUGGUUCCAGCGACACGAAGAACCUAAAGCAAUAACAGACGAGUAUGAACAGGGUACAUAUAUAUAUUUUGAUUACGAAGGUGCAUGGUGUCAGCGGAAGAAAACAGAAUUCAG